GUAUGAUCUUAUUCAGGAUGUUAAGUGUAACAUGUACAAGGCACGUAUUUAAAUAAAACCGCCUUAUCCAAGUAGUAUAGUGUACACAAGACAGAUGCGGAUGAGUCAGGCAAAUCUGAGAGCGAACCGUCAUUACUUUUAUAUUUGUAGAUAUUAAAGACGAAAAUGCGACCAGUAUAUGCUUUACUUAACUUGGUGUUCUUUUACACGUGGAAGGAGAUUUCAGCUUACACGCCUUGUCAAGAAUCAAUGCUUACAGUGAGAUAUGUGACCAGUUGUCCUACUGACGAAGUUUCCUGGAAGGAGAGGGCGGGAAAAAUGAAUUGUGAAUCAAGAAGACAGAAUUGUGCAAUGUCGUUAGGAUUAAUCACCCAAAAUCACCGAUUUCAAUAUCACUGUCUCAUAAAUUCUCAUAUGAAUGAAACUUUGGAAGUUUGCGCUUUGAGUCGCUAUAUUCUGGGUUUCUGUGCAGAAUUUAAUACAAAUGGAGCCUUAGUACAGGAAAACUUUGAUGCAAAUUGCAAACAGUACAACCCACCAUGCCCGCAAUAUUACCACUCAACAAAAGCCUACAGAUAUCAAUAUUGUUAUGAGUUGGUAUACAAACAACGUAAAAUUCAAAACAAAAAAGUUGAAGCUGAAGAAAAUGAUAAUCAUACUGCAGUUAUUGAUGAUGCUGAAGAGAUUGAUUAUGCUGAAGAGAUAGAUGCCUCUGCAGAGGUUGAUGGAACAGGAGAGGUCAAUAAAGCUGUUGUGAAAGGACCCACAGCUUAUUCAAAUUGUUUGACUGGAAACCGUUUGAUGCUAUUACUUCUAAUUCUCCUCCGGAUCCUUAUCAUAUGACACACGAAAAUACACCAGAUGUCAACGCAAUAUAUUUCUGUAGUCAGUCAGUAACAAACCUCAUAAUUUUAUAAACUUAUUUACAUGUACAUGUAUAUGAUUUAUACUGACAGUUUGCUAUUGUCAUUUUUCAUUUAACAUAUAUGUUGUUUACUAUUUAUAAUCCCAUGUUUAAAACAAAUCAUUUUAGUGAGCAUAUGUUUACUUUGUCUCUCAUGUUUAAAAAAAAAAUGAUAAGAUUUAGAAAUAUGUUGAAAAUUUAUGAUCUGAAGGUGGAAUAACACAUCUGGAAAUUACUCAAAUUAACUAUAAAUUAUUUGAUGAUGAAAGAUAUAAUGAAAAAUAACCUAUAUAUAUAUGUCAAAUAAGCAAAAUAUUUGCAUUUUUUUACCAACUUUUUACCAAAUUUUCGAGGGGCGGGGUGGUCCAAGGGAUAUCUUAUUUCCCGGGUGCCAGGGACCGAGGUAUUUUACUACAUACAAGUAUGUGAAUUGUGAAUUCAAUGAAUUAGAAUAUUCCAGGUGAACUAUGGAUUUGCUCAUGUAUAAGACCUUCCCCCCUCCCCCAUAAUUUAAGCAUUCAACAACAUGCACCUUUGUACUACAUUUUAUUUUUAGCACUUAUUAAAAUUGACAUUUUUUUUUAAUUCCCCACAUGUACAUGCAAACUGAUUAAGGGGUUACCCAUUUAUUUUUAUUUAUUUGAAGAUGGGAUGACUUGCAUAUAUUAAUUCAAAAAAUAAAUUGCAUAUUUUUCAUUAGCGAGAAAGAAAAGAGGGUGUAUAGAUCUUGUGAGAAGGCGAUUGAAAGCCAUUUUUGGUUCACAUCAAUACAUACAAUUUAAAUAAUUCUGAAUUUUCUUAUGUAAGGAGAUGAAGACCCCCCCCCCCCCCUGCCAACCCCCUUUACAUCCUCUAUGCAUGCAAACAGCAUAUAGAAAUCUAAUAUUUAAUAGCUGACUUAAGUUAAUGUCUCAAAAACAAAAUUAUGAAUAAAAAAAGGAAUUAUUUGGUUCAUUUGUUUUAUUUAUUUUAGAAGAUAAAGGACUUUCUGAAAGUUUCAAAUGAUAAAAGUUUGUUACAAAAUGUGCACUCGACAUAUGCAUACACAGACAACAAUUACAAUAA